AGUUAACCACAUGUCCCUUUCAGCUGGGGUGACUGCUGCUCUCUCUCUCCUGCUCCAGUAACUGGAGGCACAAGUUCUUUCUUCCCCAGCCUCAACUUCAUUUCUCAGGUUUGGGCUGCGUUCUGCUGCAACAGCCAUGGCACCCAAGAAGAAUAAGACAGCUAAGAAGAGCAAAGGGGACAUCAAUGAAAUGACCAUCAUGGUUGAGGACAGCCCCAUCAACAAGAUCAACGGGUUGAACACCCUGUUAGAGGGAGGAAACGGCUUCAGCUGCAUUUCGACUGAAGUCACUGAUUCCGUGUAUGCCCCAAACCUCCUGGAGGGUUUGAGCACCAUGAGGCAGGACAGCUUCCUCUGCGAUCUGACGGUCGCCACCAAGUCCAAGUCAUUCGAUGUCCACAAGGUUGUCAUGGCCUCUUGCAGUGAGUACGUUCGCAACAUUUUGAAGAAGGACUCCUCCCUCCAGAAGAUCGACCUGAACGACCUGUCACCUGUCGGCCUCGCCACAGCAAUCACAUACGCCUACUCUGGAAAGCUGACCCUGUCUCUGUACAGCAUCGGCAGCACUAUCGCUGCGGCCAUGCUGCUGCAGAUCGGCACCUUAGUGAAGAUGUGCAGUGAUUUCCUCAUGCAGGAGCUCAGCGUGGAGAACUGCAUGUAUGUGGCCAAUAUCGCCGAUGCCUAUGACCUGAAAGAAACCAAGGAGGCAUCGCAGAAGUUUAUGCGGGAGAACUUCAUCGAGUUCUCUGAGAUGGAGCAGUUCCUGAAGCUCACCUACGAGCAGAUCAGUGACUUCCUCUCGGACGAUUCCCUGCAGCUUCCCUCCGAGAUCACAGCCUUCCAGAUCGCCAUGAAGUGGUUGGACUUCGACGAGAAGAGGCUGAAGUACGCGGCCGAUCUGCUUACUCACAUUCGCUUCGGCACUAUCUCUGCCCAAGACCUGGUGAAUCAUGUCCAGAGUGUGCCUCGAAUGAUGCAAGACUCCGAGUGCCACCGUCUCCUUGUUGACGCCAUGAAUUACCAUCUGCUGCCAUACCAACAGAACAUCCUCCAGUCACGCAGAACAAAGGUACGUGGAGGCCUCAAGGUGAUACUCACAGUGGGAGGACGCCCUGCCCUGACAGAGAAAUCUCUCAGCAAAGAUGUUCUCUACAGAGAUGCAGAUAACGUGUGGAAUAAGUUGACAGAAAUGCCGGCAAAGAGCUUCAACCAGUGUGUGGCGGUGUUGGAUGGCUUCCUGUACGUGGCAGGUGGCGAGGACCAGAAUGAUGCAAGGAAUCAGGCAAAACACGCAGUCAGCAACUUCUGCAGAUAUGACCCACGCUUCAACAAUUGGAUUCACUUGAGCAACAUGAUCCAGAGGCGCACCCACUUCAGCCUCAACACCUUCAACGGCCUCUUGUUUGCCGUCGGAGGGCGAAACGCUGAUGGCGUCCAGGCCUCUCUGGAGUGCUAUGUGCCCUCCUCCAACCAGUGGCAGAUGAAAGCCCCCAUGGAGGUGCCCCGCUGCUGCCACGGCAGCUCCGUCAUCGACGGCAAGAUCCUUGUAUCAGGAGGUUACAUCAACAACGCCUACACCAGGUCCGUGUGCUCGUAUGACCCCUCCACUGACACUUGGCAGGAUAAGAACAGUCUGAGCACACCCCGAGGGUGGCACUGCGCUGCCACCGUGGGAGACCGAGCCUACGUCAUCGGUGGCAGCCAGCUGGGAGGUCGUGGGGAGAGGGUGGACGUCCUCGCCGUCGAAUCAUACAACCCCAGCAACGGGCAGUGGAGCUACUGCACGCCUCUUCACACAGGAGUGAGCACAGCCGGCAUUUCCACUUUGAACAACAAGGUGUAUCUCCUCGGAGGCUGGAACGAGGGCGAGAAGAAGUACAAGAAAUGCAUUCAGGUUUACAACCCUGACCUCAAUGAAUGGACUGAGGAUGAUGAGCUGCCAGAAGCUACAGUCGGCAUUUCAUGCUGCGUUGUCACCAUCCCCACAAGGAAAACACGAGAGUCCAGAGCCAGUUCAGUGUCUUCUGCACCAGUCAGUAUAUAAGGGUUUAGAUGAUGAUAACAAUGUAGUUUACAUAUCUAAAUGUCUCCAGCUUUUCUGUUGCAGAAAUCCUGGUUCUAAACUCUACCAAUCUUACCUUUUUCAGGACUAGGAUGCACACUUUAAAUGGUGAGCGACUUUAUUUAAAUGAGAAAAAAUGAGUAAAAUUGAAGGAUUACAUAUUUCGGACAACUUUCUUUUUACAAUGUCUUGUAAAAACUCCUUUGAUUAGAAGCAAAUUGAACAAUUCGAAAGCAGAAUUCAGAAGCCUUGAAAUGUAUUUUCAGACAUUAAUUAGUAGAAAUGGCAUGAUUAAGGUCAGAUAAAGUUCGUGAUGGAGACAAAGCAACAGCCAUUUUUAUCAUUUUUAGACAGAAAUUUACCUUUGGGGCCAAUUCAGUUCAGAUAAUUUCAUAAACCCUUUUUUUCUGUAAUGUUGUUUAAAACUCAAAUGAUAGUUAUAUGGAGGCUAUAUAAAGGCUGCUAUGCUAACAUAUCCGUCUUUUUAACCCAGUGCCACAAAAUUAAAAAUACCAACAACACAGUAAUUAAUAACAGUUAUCAAUAGUGAGGGAUUUUGUGACCGUCGUGUCUGUCGUGACGAAAGCUACUGUGAUUCUCAGAUACUUGAACCGAAUAAUGAACUGGAGCUGAAAUAAGUGUUGGCACCACCUACCAGGAGUAGGUGCUUGUCAUUAGUGUUCAAACAAGCCACACAGUCAUGCUGCAGCUCCCUACAUGCAUCUGAUGUACAGUCUCCAGCAGUAUGGUGGGUGGUCGUAUCGGGAUUCUGUUGGGAAAAUGUUGGAAUGAUGAGGGUUGAAUGGGUUCAGAUGUGACAGGAAACAAACUAUUUUGUAAAAAAGAAAAAGAAAAAUAUAACUUGGGAGUGAUGUUGUCAGCCUGAGCUUUCCUGGAGGUCAGUGCUCAUGAUUUCCCCGACUGCUCAUGUCUUUACAUUUAUUGUUUGUUUUUAAAUUAAAGAGAUGAAGUGUAAGCUAUA